CUGCUUAGUUCUUUCCAAAGAGAGAAAGCAACAAAACAAUCAGGGGUCCAUCCAUUUUUGUCAGCCAUGACGAACGGCUACCUGUUCCGCGAGUACAUCGGCGCGCAGUCCACCGGCGUCCAGUUCUCCGACGUGCCCAUCAACGCCUUCGUUAGCUUCCACUUCAUCCUCUCCUUCGCCAUCGACUACACGCCCGUGGGGCAGCAGCCGAAGCCGGUGCCGACCAACGGGGUGUUCAGCCCGUUCUGGGACACGGGCAACCUGUCCCCCGCCGCCGUGGCCGCUAUAAAGGCCUCGCACCCUAACGUCGCCGUCAUGGCGGGGCUCGGCGGCGCCAGCGUGCUGGACAUCGUCAAUGCCGUCUUCACCCCGACCUCCGUCGACACGUGGGUGGCCAACGCCGUGACGUCGCUCACGGGCAUCAUUAACAGGUACGGGCUGGACGGCGUGGACGUGGACUACGAGCACUUCGCCGACGGCGCCGACGUGAAUACGUUCGUCGAGUGCAUCGGCCGCCUCCUGACACAGCUCAAGCAGACGAUGCCCAACAUCGCCACCUCCAUCGCGCCGUUCGAGGACCCAGUGGUCCAGAAGUACUACCAGGCGCUCUGGAGCAAGUACUCCGGCGUCAUCGACUACGUCAACUUCCAGUUCUACGCCUACGGCGACAACACCGACGUGCCCACGUACGUCAUGUUCUACAACAACCAGUUGGCGAACUAUCCCGGCGGCAAGGUCCUCGCCAGCUUCAAGACCGGCAACGUGACCGGACUGCUCUCGCCGGACCAAGGUAUCAGUGGGGCCAAGGAGCUGCAGCGGCAGAACAAGCUGCCAGGGCUGUUCAUCUGGUCGGCGGACAGCUCCAAGAAGAGCAGCUACGGCUUCAAGUACGAGACCGAGGCGCAGCAGAUCAUUGCCAACCACUGAUCGAUCUGCGAUCAGGACUUAGCUUAACAAGGGAUCACACAUUUUACAAUAAAUAAAUGAUAACCUCUCAGGUCAACAACAAUUACUUGCAGGUUAAGGAGUUCGGCUGUUGAUUUAAGGACAGAAUGAUGGUGAGUGAAAAUGCAAGUUUAAAGAAAAUCGUCAUUAUUCUGUCCUUUAAACUUGUACUAGCAAAGUACCAGUGUGUUGUUACGAUUUACAUUUAUGUUUAAGUAUACAAUAAAAACAUAAACACAUGUGUGUUAUGUUGGUUGGAUAUAUGUAAAUAUGAGUUUAGAGCCAACAAUCAUGGUUUAAAUCUCCAUUUAUGUAUAAUUUUAGCAUUUUUACUAUUUAAAUGUGGGCAGCACAAUGACAAUGAAAACUGUGGAACCAAGGAAACCGGUGCUCUAAUAUAAUAGAGAUUUAUGC